GGCCCUGCCGAGCUGGCAGCACUGCACGCCCCGCCCCGCUGCCUCCCUCGGUUCCGGCGCUGGCGGCGGGAAUGGCGGCGCUGAGCCUCACCGUGGACGCGAGCACUCCCCCGCUCGGAGCUCUGCUGACAGUGGAGCAUGUGAAGAAUGAUGUUGAAAUUUCAGUGCAAGAAGGCAAAGAAACUAUCCUCUCUGUGUCCGAGCAAGUUUCAUUUACUGAUGUGAAUUCAAUAGCCCGGUACCUGGCUAGAGUUGCUGCCUCUGCUGGGUUGUAUGGCUCGAAUCUCUUGGAACACACUGAGAUUGACCACUGGCUGGAGUUCAGUGCUACACAGUUAUCUACUGCCAGCCAAUUCCCUUCAGCCAUCCAAGAACUCAACCACUGUCUGUCUCUACGGACCUACUUGGUGGGAAACUCUCUGAGUCUUGCAGAUUUGUGUGUCUGGGCUGUACUAAAAGAUAAUAGUACAUGGCAGGAGCAGUUAGAACAAAACAAGGCUCCUGUGCAUGCAAAGCGAUGGUACAGCUUCCUUGAGGUACAACGUGCUUUCCAGUCAGUAGGAGCCAAGUGGGCUGCUGGUACACCAAAGGUUAAAAUGGCAACAGAAAAAGAAAAGAAAGCAGAUGUUGGGAAGUUUGUUGAACUUCCUGGUGCAGAGAUGGGAAAGGUCAUUGUGAGGUUUCCUCCUGAAGCAAGUGGAUAUCUCCAUAUUGGUCAUGCCAAAGCUGCCCUGCUAAAUCAGCACUACCAAGUUAACUUCAAAGGAAAACUUAUUAUGAGAUUUGAUGACACAAAUCCAGAAAAAGAGAAAGAAGACUUUGAAAAGGUUAUUCUCGAAGAUGUUGCCAUGCUGCACAUCAAACCAGAUCAAUUUACAUAUACCUCAGAUCACUUUGAAACAAUAAUGAAAUAUGCUGAGAAACUUAUUCAAGAAGGGAAGGCUUAUGUGGAUGAUACUCCUGCAGAACAAAUGAAAGCAGAACGUGAGCAAAGAGUGGAAUCUAAACACAGAAAUAACUGUGUUAAUAAGAAUCUGCAAAUGUGGGAAGAAAUGAAAAAGGGAACAGAAUAUGGACAAACUUGUUGUCUACGAGCAAAAAUAGAUAUGAGUAGUAAUAAUGGAUGUAUGAGGGAUCCAACUCUUUUUCGUUGUAAAAACCAGCCUCACCCUCGGACAGGAAGUACCUACAAGGUUUAUCCCACAUAUGACUUUGCCUGCCCCAUUGUUGAUAGUAUUGAAGGUGUCACACAUGCACUGAGAACAACGGAAUACCAUGACAGAGAUGAACAAUUCUACUGGAUUAUUGAGGCUCUGGGUAUAAGGAAACCAUAUAUAUGGGAGUAUAGCAGGCUAAACCUCAACAACACUGUGCUCUCCAAGAGAAAGCUCACGUGGUUUGUCAACGAAGGCCUUGUGGAUGGAUGGGAUGACCCAAGAUUUCCCACUGUGCGUGGUGUCCUGAGAAGAGGCAUGACAGUUGAAGGACUAAAACAGUUUAUUGCUGCUCAGGGCUCCUCUCGAUCUGUCGUGAAUAUGGAGUGGGAUAAAAUCUGGUCCUUUAACAAAAAGGUUAUAGACCCAGUAGCACCUCGGUACACUGCCUUACUGAAAGAUGCAGUGGUCCCAGUAAAUAUUCCAGAAGCUCAAGAGGAGAUGAAAGAAGUGGCUAAACACCCAAAGAAUGCUGACGUUGGGUUGAAGCCUGUGUGGUACAGCUCCAGAGUCCUCAUCGAGGGCGCAGAUGCAGAGACCCUGGUGGAGGGAGAGGUGGUUACGUUCAUAAAUUGGGGCAAUGUCAUCAUCACCAAAUUAAACAGAAAUUCAAGUGGAAAAAUUGUGUCCAUCAAUGCCAAGUUGAACUUAGAUAAUAAGGACUUCAAAAAAACUACUAAGAUCACUUGGUUGGCAGAAACUCCACAUGCACCCCUCAUCCCAUCUGUCUGUGUUAAUUAUGAGCAUCUGAUCACUAAGCCAGUUCUAGGUAAAGAUGAAGACUUCAAGCAAUAUAUCAACCGAAAUAGCAAGCAAGAAGAACUGAUGCUGGGUGAUCCGUGCCUUAAGGAGUUAAAAAAAGGAGACAUCAUACAACUUCAGAGGAGAGGAUUCUUUAUUUGUGAUCAGCCCUAUGAGCCAGUGAGUCCUUACAGCUGUAAAGAUGCCCCAUGCAUUUUGAUUUACAUCCCUGAUGGACACACUAAAGAAAUGCCAACAUCUGGGUCAAAAGAGAAGACCAAAGCUGAAACUGCAAAGAAAGAGGCUAGUUCAACUGUAAAAGGAAAAUCUUCUGCUCCAGUUGUUGGUCAUGCCUCUACUCCAUCCUGUGCUGAAUCAUCUGAAGGUCACUUGAUCAUCUACAGCAAGGUGGCUGCACAGGGUGAUGUAGUUCGUGACUUGAAGGCUAGGAAGGCAGCAAAGGAAGAUAUUGAUAAAGCUGUGAAAGAACUGCUGGCCUUAAAAGCAGAAUACAAAGAGAAGACAGGCCAGGAGUAUAAGCCAGGAAAUCCUCCAAUAUCUGGAAGUGCACAGUCAUCAAAGCUUGAGACCUCUGGUACCUUGGACAGUAAAGCUCUGUAUGAUAAAGUAGCAGAACAAGGAGAAGUGGUCCGAAAACUGAAAGCUGAGAAAGCAUCUAAGGAAGAAAUAGAUGAGGCUGUGAAAAUUCUUUUAAACCUAAAAGCAGGAUAUAAACAAAAGACAGGUCAAGAGUUCAAGCCUGGAAAUCCACCCUCAAUGCCUCCUUGUCUGUCUUCCACGGCGCCUCCAUCUCCUGUCUGCUGCAGUAACUUAGCAAGCUGUAGCUUAGUGGAUGGCAAAGCAUUUUAUGAUACUGUAGUUGAGCAAGGGGAAGUGGUACGCAGACUCAAGGCAGAGAAAGCUUCCAAGGAUCAAAUAGAUGAAGCAGUAAAACUCCUCCUUUCUCUAAAAGCUGAAUACAAGGAAAAGAAUGGGCAGGAGUACAAGCCAGGACACCCACCAACAGCUCAGGGGGCUUUGCCUCAGACAUCAAACGCAGUAUCCAGCGGUCCAGAUACUCCUGAAGCUAAAGCCCUGUUUAGCAAAGUAGCUCUUCAAGGAGAUGAAGUUAGGAAAUUAAAAGCAGAAAAAGCAGAUAAGGAAAAAAUAGAUGUGGCUGUUAAAGAACUUCUUCAGUUGAAGGCCCAGUAUAAGUCUGUUGCAGGAGUUGACUAUAAACCAGUGUCCGCUAGUGGUGUAGAUGACAAAGACAAAAAGAAGAAAGAGAAGGAGAACAAGUCUGAAAAGCAGAGUAAGCAACAGAAGCAAAAUGAUGGCCCCAAAAAAGAACCUUUGCAAGGACAGAGUGGUAAUGAGCACUCCUCAAAUGGAUCAGGAGAGGGCCAAGGCCCUAAGAAGCAAACCAGGCUGGGUCUAGAAGCUAAAAAAGAAGAAAAUCUUUCAGAGUGGUUCUCUCAGGUGAUCACAAAAUCAGAGAUGAUUGAAUACUAUGAUGUGAGUGGCUGUUACAUUCUUCGUCCUUGGGCUCAUGCUAUUUGGGAAGCCAUCAAAGACUUCUUUGAUGCAGAGAUCAAGAAACUUGGAGUGGAAAACUGCUACUUCCCCAUGUUUGUGUCCCAGGCUGCCCUAGAAACAGAGAAGUCUCAUAUUGCUGACUUUGCUCCUGAGGUUGCUUGGGUCACAAGAUCUGGGAAAACAGAACUGGCUGAACCAAUUGCUAUACGUCCCACAAGUGAAACAGUAAUGUAUCCUUCCUAUGCAAAGUGGGUGCAGUCACACAGGGAUCUUCCUAUCAAGCUUAAUCAGUGGUGCAGUGUUGUGCGCUGGGAGUUCAAACACCCCCAGCCUUUCCUUCGGACUCGUGAGUUCCUUUGGCAGGAGGGUCACACAGCAUUUGCAACAUAUGAAGAAGCAGCAGAGGAGGUGCUGCAGAUACUUGAUCUCUAUGCUCGAGUGUAUGAGGAUCUCUUGGCAAUACCUGUUGUGAAAGGAAGAAAGACAGAGAAGGAGAAGUUUGCUGGGGGGGAUUAUACAACCACUUUAGAGGCAUUUAUAUCUGCCAGUGGAAGAGCUAUCCAGGGAGCAACAUCACAUCAUUUAGGGCAGAAUUUCUCAAAGAUGUUUGAAAUUGUGUUUGAAGAUCCCAAGAAGCCAGGAGAAAAACAGUUUGCUUAUCAGAAUUCCUGGGGCAUUACAACUCGGACCAUUGGUGUAAUGACAAUGAUUCAUGGAGAUAACAUGGGAUUGGUACUCCCACCUCGUGUAGCCUGUAUUCAGGUUGUAAUUAUUCCCUGUGGUAUCACAAACUCCCUUUCUGAAGAGGACAGAGAAGCUCUGUUGAAGAAAUGUAACGAAUAUCGUAGCAGGCUGCUUGCUGUCAGCAUCCGUGUCCGGGCUGAUUUAAGAGACAACUACUCACCUGGCUGGAAGUUCAACCACUGGGAACUUAAGGGUGUCCCAGUCAGAGUUGAAGUGGGACCACGAGACAUGAAGAGCCAACAGUUUGUAGCUGUUAGAAGAGACACAGGGCAGAAGCUGACAUUGUCUGAACAUGAAGCAGAAGAGAAACUUAAGCAGAUCUUGGAGGAGAUCCAUGCAAACCUUUACAGCAGAGCAUCCAAGGACCUCAAAAGUCAUAUGGUGGUGGCCAGUAAUAUGGAGGACUUUCAAAAAGAGCUUGAUUCAGGAAAGAUUGUACAAAUCCCUUUCUGUGGGGAAAUUGAGUGUGAGGAUUGGAUCAAGAAGACCACUGCCAGGGAUCAAGAUCUUGAGCCUGGUGCUCCAUCCAUGGGAGCAAAAAGCCUCUGCAUACCUUUCCAGCCACUCCGUGAACUCCAGUCUGGAACAAGAUGUGUGUGCGGCAAAAACCCUGCCAAGUUCUACACCCUCUUUGGUCGUAGUUACUAAAUCACUAGUGAAAGAACCUUCUCCUUUAUCUGUGAAUUGAACUUUUUUUAAUAAGACUGAAAUAGCCCCUUAAUCUUCAAUCGGUUUUGUGACCUUUUUAAAUAAUUCAAAGACAAAGCCAUAAACCAUAACCUGGCUCCCCAGUGGUCAGUCUUAGGCUAGCAGUAAUUCACAGACUUUUCUGUAAACAUCUCCAAUAAAAUAAAGAUGUAUUGUGAGCUGCAA